AUGAAAAAAGAUCAAAAAUAUAUUUUAAUUGCAGCACAGAGGGGGCUUUGCAUAAGAAAGGAUGAAAAUGGAAAUUCGCCACUUCACAGGGCCUGUCAGAAUGGUAAUUUAAAACUUGUUCAAUCACUUGUUCAGAUUGGAAUCAAUCCUAAUGUUAGAAAUAAUAAUGAUGAUGUACCUCUUAAAAUAGCAUCUGAAUGUGGUCAUCUUGAAAUUGUACAAUAUCUUAUUACAAUGGGAGCUAACAAAGAUUCAUCAGACAAAUAUGGACGCAAUCCACUAAUUGCAGCAUCUAUAAAUGGUCAUCUUGAAAUUGUUAAAUACCUCAUUUCGAUAGGUGCUAACAAAGAUGCACAAGACAAAAAUGGAUGCACUCCACUAAUUGCAGCAUCUGAAUUUGAUAAGAUCGAUAUUGUAAAAUAUCUCAUUUCGAUUGGUGCUAACAAAGAUUUGUCAGACAAAAAUGGAUACACUCCACUAACUAUUGCAUCUGCUAAUAGUCAUCUUGAAAUUGUUAAAUAUCUCAUUUCAAUUGGAACUAACAAAGAUGCAAAAAAUGCAAAUGGGGCAACAGCUCUACUCUGUGCAAUUGAUUAUAAUAAUCUUGAAAUUGCAAAAUAUUUAAUAUCAAAGGGAGCAAAUAAAGAAGUUAGAGAUAUUGAAGGUAGAACACUUCUUAUUUAUGCUUCAAUUAAAAAUUACUAUAAAAUAGUUGAAUAUCUAAUUUCCAUUGGAGUCAAUAUCGAUGAAAUGGCUGACAAUUCCGAUACUCCACUAUUGUGUGCAUCACAAAUAGGUGGAACAGAAUCAGUUAACAUACUUCUCGCUGCUGGUGCAAAUAAAGAAGCAAAAGACAUUGGUGGAAAUACACCACUUCUUAAAGCCUCAUCGAACGGCCAUCUUGAAGUUGUUAAACUCCUUGUUUCUGCUGGAGCAAACAAAGAUGCUCGACAAUCCCUCGGUUAUAAUGCCCGAGAUUUGGCUGAAAUGAAUGAUCACAGGGAUAUUGUUGAAUUUCUUGAUUGA